AUGAACGACUAUAUUCCUUCGAAUAUACAUCUAAAGAACAAAGAUGGUGUGAUUAGUGUCGUACGAAGUAAACAGCCAACAGCAACAACAGUAAAGUCAAAACUUGCAAGCCGAAAAGUCGUUUUUGAAAAUCCGAUUUGUUUAAAUGACAACUGCAGUGAUGUUAACCAACCAUCGAUUUUUAAUAAUAAUACUGAAGAUCAGAAGAAUAUACUUCAUGAUGAAGAGCCAUUUGAUUUAAAGGAACAAGUUAAAGACUUGUCCAUGCAGUUAGAAGAAAUCUGUAAAUAUGCACGUUCAUCUGUAAAUGAAAAUGUUAACUGUUUCUGCCAUGAACUUGUUGGAGGAAAGUGUCUUCUACCGUUAAAUGAUGCCUAUAAUACAAUAACACCAAGAUUAAUAACUCCACCUGAGGUAUGGGUUUCUAAACCUGAUUGUUGUCAAUCAUGUACUGUACCAUGUCGUGCUAAUGUAUGUGUUCCGGAGCCUGAAAGCCCUAUACACAGUCCAAAUAAAAAACAACUAAUUGUUGAUGAAAAAUCACUACAGGAUAAUCUUAAUGACAUAAAGCAUCGUUUAUCUAUGUUACAAAAUGACUGUACAAAUAAAACUUUACCGUCUACUUCAAGUAAAGCAGAACGUGACGUUGAUGAACAUUUGGAAAAAUUAAAUCGACAGAAUCUAUCACAACGGAAAUUUCUUGUCCCAACGUCUACAGAAACAUCAAAAUAUAGAAAUAUACCGAUAAGAGCCCAAAUGAAACAAAAAGCAUUACCUAAUCAACAAUCUGGGAAGUUGAAUACAAAAUCAAAGUUGCCAGACAGACGGUUAGAGUCAUCGCAACGAAAUACAAAUUUCUCAAGACAAAAGCCAGUCGUCUCACCUUACAACAUUUCAAAAAUCACCAGGAAUACAUCUAGACAACAAAGUCAAAUAGAAUCUUCGAAUGUGAAAGUUACAAGCCCUAUAAAUAUCAAUGAUAAUAACAAUGAUGAUCCCGAAAUAACAUUGAACAAACUAGAAAGUUACUUGGGGAAUUCUGAAAUUGUCUUAGACUCCAAAACUCAAGAAGUUGAAAGGAAAAGUCUUGAUGAAGAAAUUAAACUUGGUGAGACAAAAGAAAUGCUUAGUGAACUUCGCACAAUUUAUCAAGAAGUCAAGGAAUUAUUACUGAACGUCCGUAAUCAAGUAAAUGAAAACACCGAUGUCAAAACUGGACAAACGGAUGUUGAUGCAAAUAUCGAUCAACAUGUGGUCCUGUCAAACUCCCAACCUGUACUUACUCCUGGCAGCCUGCUGCCCAGUAUUCGACUUGCCAUGGAAUAUUCUGGGAAAACAAUGGCAACACCUGAUGAAAUCUCCCAAGUUAUAUCUAAUUUGUCUGAUGAUCCGAUUGUUAAAGCUACAACAGCCCUAAUUGAUGUAAAUCGAAGACGUAAUAAUUUAGAAAAUAAUCUCGCUACAUUAGAAUCUUCUCAUACUGAUCAGUCAAUAUUUGGAUUAUUAGAUUUAAUGAGUAAAGAUAAAUCAUCGGCUGAGAAAGCUCGUAUACAAGCUAUGAUCAAUGACGCCAUUGAUAAGGUAACACAAGAAAAAAAACUUGAACAUCCUACUUCUUUUACUCGAAUAUCAAGACCAAGCACUAAAACCACUACUCAGCCUAAAUCACGAAGUAUUACUCAGUCUAAAGCAGCUACCAAAGAGUCAUCAAAACCGUAUACUUCUCCAUCUAAAUCAAGAAAUAUUGUCGAAUUAUUUCAUCACUCCAAACUAUCUUUUACUGAUCGUUCUCCGUCACCUGUUACACUUACCUAUCCUUGGCGGUUGAAUAGGCGACGAGCUAAGCGCCCAUUAUAUCCACGUUCAAUUAAUGAUCCUGUUAGACCACGCACGGCUGUCUUACGUUUAAGUGAUGAAAAUCUAGCAGGAAUUUCAUCUCCACGUGAACGCAUGUCAAGAACAAAUACAAAAGUUGUACGAUUUAUAGACGAUGACCAAUAUGGACAGAGUGAAUCAGGUGAAUCACAACAAAUGUAUAUUCCAAGUUCAGAGAAACUGGCUAGAAUGCAAACGAACGCGUCAACUAAAUCUAAGUUUGGCAUUAUUCCACUAGGAAUGUAUCAAUAUUCCGUGUCAAUACCGUCUAAACAAACAUCUGAACAGUUAAAUAGGGAAAUCACUACCAACUCACCCGAUUUACUUUAUGAAAAGGGUAUUGGAUUUAAUUUUCGAUCGAAUCAAACUUCUGGACAACAUGAGGAUGAUGCCAAUAGGCUAACACGUACAGAUAUGGAAGACAGAAUUCUAUCACGCCUUAUGCUUCAGGUUUCUGAGCAGCUGACAAGAAUCAGUCCCAAAGUCAAGAUGUUUCUUCAAAGGAGAAUCUACAACAAUUGGUUGAAGCCGCUUUAUUGGAACGCCUUGGAUCAAUACUUUCUCCCCCGUCAGUUAGUCCUUACCCAUCUGCUCAACAUGAACGUCUCAAUACACCACUUUCCUCGCCUGAACGUUCUACUUGUUUAG